GGUUCCAAAAAACAAUUCAGAAAUCUACGAAGUCAAUUUCAUUUCUAUUUAAUUUUAGAAAUUAGAAGUAAAAAUAUUUCCAAUUAAUUGGAUUAUGUUUAAAAUUUGUGAAAGCUGUUUAGGGUUUUAAGGAAAUUAGUUUCCAACUUACUACCUAAUCAAUAUUAAAAUUUCAAAAAUAAAGAAAUACAUAAUUAUGUUAAGUGACGAAAAGAAAACCAAAUAUCGCAGAUUUGUGGAGCAAUUAUAUUUAAAAUGUCAGGAAAUACAGGACCAAAAUCAACGAUAUGUUUUUAGAUUGAAUAAAAUGAAAAAACUUAUCAAAAGAAGAAGCAAAGAUGUGGAAAUUUUGAAAAAUAGACUGGACAGAUAUAAUGACGCUUGGCGGCAUGUUCCUAUUGUGGCACCACAUAGAACCAGAAAGACUGAAUUAAGAGGAAGGCCGAAAAGCAAAUCAUUAGAAGCAAAGGCUCGUAAAAAAAAAGCAAAACAAGAUGAAAAACUUCCAUUGGUAACGAAUAAUUCUCCCAAUAAAGGUACAGAUAUACAAUAGAUUCUUAAAACUGCAAUCAAGUUUAAAUGGAUAUAUUUAUUAAAAAUUUUUGAUUUUUUCAAAUAUAUGAACUUAAGUUAUUUUCGAUAAG